AUGGUUUUGCAGAACAACGUCAUAUCCGACAAAGACAAAGCUCACCAGCCUGACGAGCGAUGGACGAAGUUUGCCGAUCCAAACGUCCUCGCAGGAACCCGCGUCCUCGACACGGUCCCGCACGGAGCGAGUGUCUGGUCUCGAACCGCCAGAAUCGACACUGAACAGGCCGAUGGAAGCCAGCGGUCGUUCUUCAUAAGGUUAUCUGAACCCACACCCCAUGUAAAUUGCAAUGCCUCGAAUGCUUACUGCAGAGUCAACCCACAGCUCACUUCCGGCUCCAUGGGACGAGCCAUGGUCGCCGGCGAGCUCGAGUCGGUGAGGCUCCUACACGGUUAUCUUCCUCACUCAACGCCCGCCCCCAUCGCGAGCGGUGUCUACGCCUCCGACGCAAGCAUCCACUUCUUCCUCUGCGAGUUCGUCGCCAUGAUCGACGAGCUGCCCGAUGUGCAUCGCUUUGCCGCGAAAAUCGCCCACCUGCACACCGUAUCCGCCUCCCCCGAUGGACGAUACGGAUUCCCCGUGCCGAACUAUCUGGGCCGAAUGGCGCAGUAUACGACGUGGACUGACUCCUGGGAGGUGUUCGUCACCAAUUACAUGAGAGAUCUGAUGCGGACGAUUGAAGCGGCCCAAGACCCCGGGCGGGAGUUCAGAAACCUGUUCGACCAGGUCGUGGAAAAGGUCAUCCCGCGCCUGCUGCGGCCGCUGGAGUCCGGCGGGCGAAGCAUCACACCCUGCCUGGUUCAUGGGGAUCUGUAUACAGGGAAUGUCUCCGUGGUGGACUGGGAGGCUUUGGAGCCCGUUGUCUACGAUGCGACGUGCUUGUAUGCUCAUAAUGAAUGGGAUCUUGCUCCUUGGGGUCUUGCACGACAUCGACUCGGGAGGGCAUAUCUGGAGGCAUAUUGCGGGUAUUUCCCUAUCUCUGCACCUGAGGCGGACUUCGAGGAUCGUAAUGCCUUGUAUAUUCUGCGAUGGGAGAUGAAAGGCCUCGCCAUAUAUCCCGGAGAUAUGCGCUACAGAUCCUACUCGAUGGAGGCCAUGAGAAGAUUGGUCGAAAAGUUUCCCGAGGGCUAUGAGGGUUGGGCCAGGGAGCAGGGCGAGACACCGGCACCAGCAUCACAGCCUCGGUCCGAACGGUCCUAG